UCAUCGAUAUCUUAAAAAACUCCGCUAAAUUGUUUUAUACAUAUCAGACGAAUAUAAAUCGAUACAAAUAAACUCCUGUAAUACCUCAUAAAAAUAAUUUUAAAAAGAAAAGAAUUCUGAUCGAUCUCUAUCAAGCUAGCUCAGUCCAUGGCCAAAACCCGGGCUCCUCGGCGAACCCUAGACUCUUUUACUGUCAACUCUAUCAACAAAACCAUCAAAGCGGGAGACUGCGUUUUUAUGCGGCCGGCAGACUCGUCGAAGCCGCCGUACGUGGCCAGAGUAGACCAAAUCGAGUCCCGGGGUGCCAACGUCAAGGUUCACAUCCGCUGGUACUAUCGGCCCGAGGAGGCGAUCGGCGGCCGCCGCCCGUUUCACGGCUCCAAAGAGGUCUUCCUCUCUGAUCACUACGACGUUCAGAGCGCCGAUACGAUCGAAGGUAAGUGCACAGUCCACAGCUUCAAGAGCUACACCAAGCUCGACGCCGUUGGCAAUGAGGACUUCUUCUGUCGUUUCGAGUACAAUUCCUCCACCGGAGCGUUCACUCCCGAUAAAGUCGCUGUGUAUUGCAAGUGUGAGAUGCCUUACAAUCCUGAUGAUCUAAUGGUCCAGUGUGAAGGCUGCUCUGAUUGGUAUCACCCAACUUGUAUAAAAAUGACCACAGAGGAAGCUUACAGUCUUGACCAUUUCUUCUGCCAAGAUUGUUCAUCUAAAGAUAAAAAGAAGUUGCAGCAGAACCCUCAUGCUACUUCCAGGCAUUCGGAUACAAAGGUGGGACUGAAACGCCGCCGAAAGUGAUGGAUAGAUACUCUGUAUAAACUGCAAGCCCAAUUGGUGAGGUACAUGCAUAGUUAUUUGGAGUUUAUUGGGCCCAAGUGGUGAGGUACAUACAUAGUUAUUUGGACUUUAUUGGGCAUCAAUUUCAAGCAACCCAACCCUCUCUGCCACCUGGUUUGAGAGGGAAACUGGUUUCAAAACGCUGGUAUAUAAUAUUAUAAUGUCCUUUUUUCUUUUUCUUUUUCUUUUUGCUGAAUUAUUAUAAUGUCCAUUUGGUUUGAGAGAAAUUAGUCAGGGAUGUGUUUGGAUGUAACUGUGUUCCUAUAUAUUAAGGGUUUCUAUGUUGGAUUUGUUGGGCAGAUGUUGCAA